ACGAAUUCCUCGUCCGUCCUUGAAAAAAUCCCUUGCCACCUUGGUAUAAAAAGGAAGAAAGGCUCUCGCAAACGACUUAUUUCAACAGGAGACCACCACAGGCAAACGUCUAUCUUGAGCGAACAGUGGGUUAUAUCCUUAGGCGCCUUUCUACCUCAGUUUGCCGAAACAAUGAUCAAAUUUGCAAUCAUCGCCCUCGCAGCUUCUCAAGUGUUGGGCCAAGGAGGCAAAGAUCAAAUACCGAUAUGCAGCGUCAAGGAUAAAGAGCUGUCGAAAUGUCUUCUGGCAGCCUUCAGGCGAGUCCAUCCGUACCUGGUCAAAGGAAUUCCAAAACUCGGAGUCUUUCCAAUCGACCCGUUACAUAUUGACCUUCUUGACCUUUCAAACGCACCCGGUAAAACGUUGAACGUUCGUCAUAAAUUUAUGGACGUGGACAUCGAAGGUUUAGCUUCAGCCGAUAUCAUGAGAGCAAGGUAUGACAUUAAGAAACAGGAGGUUGAUAUAGACGCCACUAUGAAGAAGCCUUUCAUCCUGAGAGGAAAGUACCAGUCUAUCGGAAAAGUCCUUUCCCUUCCAAUAAGAGGAAGCGGCCGAUUCAACAUAACUUUGCACAACCUGAAAUCCGUGUUGAAAAUGAAAGGACAUGAGGUCAUGAAGAAUGGGAAGAAAUACGCCCAUGUUGACGUGGUCACGUUCCCAUUUCAAGUUGACAAAAUGGAACUGUAUUUUGAAGACCUUUUCAAAGGAAACAAGCAAAUAAGUGAUACCUUGAACAACAUCUUAAAUGAGAACUGGAUGCCAAUUUUGGAUGACAUGAAGGAAUCAUUUGAAGAGGCGAUUGGUUCUGCUUUCCAACAGAUAUCGAAUAGAGCAUUAUCAAAAGUCCCGUUGAACGAAUUGCUCAAAGAUGUUUAAUUUAUUUAGAUUAUUUAAUUUCCAACAUCAUGUGUACAUAGAUCAUUUUGUAUAUUCUUUGUAUUUAUUUAAAUAAACUGAAUUGUCAUAAUUGUAA